ACUACUACAGCAACGAGCUGUCAAAUAGAUAAAGCAUGAGAAUAAUAUAUUAAGUACGCGAUCUUUCAAAUGUAAAUUAUCUCUAUAUUCAGAACUACUUGAUAGCGUGUUAGCAACACAUUCAUAGCUUUAGUUCCUAGAUAGUAUUUCAGGAUAUUGAUAUAACUAUGGCUGAUAUAGAUUAAAGUUUUAGUGCAGUCAUGCCGAAACUUGGGAGACGGAGUGAACGUUCGGGAUUUGAAUUAAUCCAAGUUCCUUUAUCUUUGCCGCCACAAGAUGGACCGUUUGGUACAGAUUAUACACCUGUAUUUGCUUCCCGUAUUGUUGGAGGGGUACAUGUACCGGUAUUGGAAAAACCGUAUAAAGUUGCUGGUGAUAUAAAUCGUUCAUCUCAUACAGAGCCACUGUAUCCACUGGCAGAAAAACCAAACUAUAUUGAUCCUAAAGUGUUAAGAGAAUAUUCAAAAAAAUUUCCAACCAAUAGAGCAUAUCCAGAACAAAGUUUCUUUGGCUUACCAACCACUUAUUCCAAGAGGCCAGAUUCAAAAGAUAUCAACCGCAAAUAUCCAACACUACCUCCCAUCAAUGCCAACCGAGUCCGCAACAUGGACAUGUCCACAGUUUUUGAGCCCGAACCCUGGACAAAAAAAUAUAAAUAUAACGAUGGAUUAUUGUCAUCCAAAGGCAGUGAAAAAAAUACAAACUCUAAGAUGGAUGAAGUGGAUCAAAAAGAAGAUAAACCUCUAUUUUAUGACCCUAGAAAUAAAGCCAGUCUUCAACAGGCUCCUAGUUUAAUAUCACCUCGUAAUGCUUACGAAAUCAGAUCUGAUCAACGCAAAAGUCUCGAGCACCAUUCACCAUCCCCACCCCCUGCACCUGCCACUGUACAUAGAAAUAUUAGAGAGGAAUUAUUGAAAUAUUUACCGAGAAAUGAGUUUCUGCCAGAAAAAACAAUUCGAUUGAACGAUGAUGAUGAAUGGGAGUUAUUAAAAAUUUUAGGACAAGAACUGGAGGGUGAAGAUCCACUCAAAUUACGACAUGUAUAUAUUAGCAUUACUAAAAAUGGAGAUAAGCAGUUAUGUGGCUGGUGUUCCUAUAAAUCCCUAGUUUAUGCAUUACAGGACUAUAAGGUGAAUAUAUCAUCUGAUAUUUUAAGAAUAACAGCUGGUUUAUUUAUAGAUCCGGAUAGAGAACCACAAAAUGUCAACUAUGAAAAAUUUCUCUCAUUUGUUGGAGCAGCAUUAAAAAAUUUUGGCAAAAGUCCGAGAGCAGGAAGAUAUAGUCCAAAUGAUUUUACUUUGAUAGAAGAUGACAGACCCGAGUAUUUUGAUGUAAAGAGCAUAUCACCCCGGGCACAAAGUAUGGAACAUAUCUUUAAUGAUAGAGAAGUUACAAAACUGCUACGAAUGACAGAAAUGCAAUUAAAUAACCAAGGAUUCAGAAUUGAUUUUGAGAAAUUAAUAGCAGAUUUCCAAUUAGCCGACAGAGAAUUCAGAGAAACUUUAUCAGAGCAUCAGAUCAAAGAAAUAUGCUAUGCAUGUCAUCUUCCCCUUACAGAAUCUUUAAUGAAACAUAUAUUACAUAGAUGUCAAGAUCUUAACAAGGAUGGACAAUAUAAUUGGAUCAAGUUUGUAUAUUUCCUUGAGAGAGUACAGCCUUCCAAAACUGGUUUAUAUAUUCCCCGUGGUAAGAGACCAUUAGAUUAUGCUAAACAUGUUCCUCAACCAACUACAGAAUGGCCAAAACCUAAAAGCCCUGGUUUACAACCUCCAUUGUGGAGAAGAGAAGAGGUAGUUAAAAGUAAAACACCAGAAAGAAUACAACUACACGGUCCUCAAUCAGAUAGAGGUGAAGUACAAGGUAGCAGAAUGGACAUAGAUAGAAUGGAUAGAGAACUUAAAGAACUAGAGAAAAAUUAUGAGGUUAUGAAAAGAAAUUUGAAGGCAGAUGAUUCCUCACCGUGGUUUAAAAGAUUUAUGGAGUUAGCAAAUGCUUUGUAUGGACAAGAUGUCUCUAAUUCUGGUUUACUGCCAUAUGAUGAUGUUUGGAAUUGGACCCGUUUACAUAAUGAAGCUUGUAACUUAAAUAUACCAGACUAUGUGAUAUCCAAGGCUUUGGGUGAAGCAUCGCAAAGUGGAAAAGUCAAUAUUCAUUAUUUCUUGACCAAACUCGGAAACCGAGACUGGUAAAAUAUAUGUAAAGAUGGUGUUUGAAAUUAAAUUUAAUUUAAACUAAGCUUUCCAAAAUUUUGUUUUCAUUACUAUAUCAUAUUUUGUUAUCAUUGUAGAUUGUAAUUUUCUCCUUAUGAAUAUUAUUUAAUUAAGCAUACUGUUUGAUUUAUUAUAUGGUUGACAUUGUUAAAUCGCCACACAAAAUUUUUAAUUUGUUAAAAUCAACAUUGCCAGAAAUUCAGUUGAAUUAUUCUUAUAAUUAUUGUUCAAUUGUAUGAAUUUAAGCUAUAAAUAUUGUAGAGUUGUAUAUCCUAGUCAGUACUGAUAAACAAGUGUACUUUAGUUAAUCUUUAGUUUAAAUCUAUACAUGUAUUAUUAUUUUUUUCCUUCUGAGUAAGUGUCGAUAACUUUUUACACAGAUUCUAAAAUUCAUGUGAUUCCCUUGCUCAACUAAUUCUAGAAUCUUUUUCUGGGAAAAUGAAAGACAAAGUUUUAGUAUAACAUGUAUUAAAUCUGUUGUGCUUUAUAGCAUAAGGUUGACAGCAUUAUUUGCUUAUUGUCUUCCAAAUGAAAUGUAUUUGUUAUUUUAUUUUUACUUUUUAUGAUAUAUGUUUUCAUUUACCAUUAGAUAUAUUUAUAUUUCUAGCUUGUAGUUAUAAACUUUCUCUUAUAUAAUUUUACUUUUAAAGAUUUAAACUUUAUAUUAUAGUUUCAAAGAUAUGUCUGUGAUACAGAAAUCGUUACUCAUACUAUUCUGUCCAUUUAUUUAUUAAGUGUGUGUAUAAAUUACUGAACUACUACAUGUAGAUUGAUAUAUAUUACUAGUAUCAUGUUUAUCUUUCGUUAUUGUUUGUAUCUCUUAUUAAAUAUUUGUUGCCAUUAAACUCUGUGAAAGGUAUUUUAAUCAUUUAUUCAACUGUGAUAGUUGUAUAUAUUUUACGCUAAAAUUUGUAAAAGAUUAAAAAUGUUAAAAUGUUGUCUACAGUAUAUUAUGGAAUUAAUAAAAAAUAAUUUUCUUCA